AUGUUUCGGUAUCGUGAUGAAUAUGCUCCGGCAGUCGCGCUCUUGGGAGUUGGAUUGGCAUUGCUACUGCUGCAACUGCUGGCAUUUGCCUUCCACAAGCUCACAGCUGCUGGCCAGAAGCGGAAGCUCUGUGGUCCUUGGCAAAUCUGGGUGGACUGCGUGCUUACAGCUUGCCCGCUGGCCACCUUGACCUUCGGCAUCCUUCUACCUGUUGGAUUUAGCUACGCAGGCCUGUCAGCGUCAAACUUCUGGGUGGAUGUCAACCUAGAUUUUAGCACCUACCUCGCUGCUGAGUUGGAUGAUCAGUAUCUCUUGGACCUGACGCUGGCAGUGGCCAGAGAUCAAAUCACGCGGAGCGACAAGAUCCACGAACGUGGAGGGGACAGGUGGAGAUCCUGGAACUUUGCCGAGGCCCUGCAGAACCUAAGCAACGGCAGCGCCGCGGUCCCAGACCGGCGGUUGGUGCAGAGGACUCAGAGUGUGACGUAUUGGAGACUUGAUCUUUUCUAUGAGGCCAAAGACUCCGAGAAGGGUAUUUUUACCCCGGAAGCCUUGGAGGAGAUCAGGGACUUCGAGAGUCGCAUCAGAGCUACGGAGGGCUUCGAGACAUACUGCAGGAAACGAUUCGGAGUUGACUGUGACCCGGCAUACUCCGUCACCAACGUAUUCUUUGCGGUUCCCAAUGCGACGACAUCGGAUGGAGAGACAAUGCAGGUGAUCUACGACGGAUCUGGGGGCUUGGCCAACAUCAACGAUGUCUUGCGCGGCUUUCUUAGAGAUGGGGUGGCCUGGUGGGUAGACAAAGACUUCGGCCCAAGAAACGUGCGGAGCCAAUACACCCGAGCCACCUUUUUUGGUGGGGUCCCGCUUCCUGGAUAUCCGGACAUCGAGACGAGGCUGGAUGAACAGUUGGAAAAGUCCAAUCAGUUCUUGGUGAAGCUCUGGGAGACGCUGUUGCACCGAACCGACAUCUCAGGGCCAGACGCGCUGAAGUAUGAGCAUGUGACCUUCACCUGGGUGGAGAGCCGCGCUCUGUACAAUCAUGAGGUGGUGUUCUACUUAAUCAGCGACUGCCUGUUUUGCGCAGGGACCUUUCUGGUUGUCAGUAUUCUAGUCCUCCUCCGGCAACAGAACAUCUUCAUCAGCUUUUUUGGUGUGUUGGGGGUCUUGUUGGCCUUCACCUCGACCUAUUACUUUCACUAUGCAGUCAUGGGGUACAAGAGGCUAACACUGCUGGACUUCAUUUCGCUGUUUCUUAUUGCAAGCAUUGCUGCGGAUGAUAUCCUGUUGCUCUACAACACUUAUCAGCUGGCCCCAGCCUUGCACAGAAAGGAGAUGAAGCCAGCAGAAAAGAUGAGGUGGGCGUACCGAGAAGCUUCUGCAGCCAUGCUGGUCACUUCCGCUACCACUUGCGGCUCUUUCUACGCCAAUUUGCUGUCGAUUGUCACGGUGGUGAGGGCGUUCGGCUUCUUCAUGGGCACGCUGGUGGUUUGGAAUUUCCUCAACGUCCUCACCAUUUUCCCGUCAGCGCUGCUGGUCAAUGACAUGUACUUGAUCCCCUGCCUGCGCUACUUGUGCUGCUGCUGCUGCAGGGGCACAGGCGCGCAGACCAUCGAUACUGGAGCUGAGACCCCGAGGCCAAAUGGAGUGCUGCAGGCAGCCUCUCGCCUCGCCAGGCAGUUUUCCAAGGACCAUGGCUCGCACUCCGCCAUCUCGCUGGAAAUCCAGGCAGAAGUGCAGCAUGAGCGCUUGGAUUGCAUGGAGCGCAUGGUGGCCAAAUAUUUUACGCCUUUCGUGGCCAAGUGUCGGUGGCUGCUGCUGGCUCUGUCCCUGGGCAUCAGCGCAACCUUCAUUACCUUGGCGAUCACCGGCUUUGAGCUUGCCUCAGGCGAUAUUGUCAUCUUCGAGAAGGAUGUCAACCUUGGGCGAGUUGAGAAGCUGCAGACCGAGCUCUUCUCUUCAUACAACAUGCAGGACUUGAACUUCGCAUUGUCUGUGACAAGUCCUCUUUCGCCAACCACGGUGCCCAGUUGCCCCAGGCUGGGAGACAACAAUAGCUGGUGUUCAGGAAGUCGUGGCUCCUGCGACACCUUUACCGGCCAGUGCACCUGUCAGGGCAGCUACGUGGGCCAGGGCUGCUCGGUACCUCUGGCGGCGGGCACCUUGGAUGUGGUGUCCCUGCCCUGGCCACAGCAGGAGAGGCGCUUUGAAGCUAUACACAUCUUGGCGCGGCCGUCAAUGUUGCGGAGUCCUGCAUCCGUGGAAGCCUCUCUGCUGGUUCUGUUGCAAAACAACGGCGACAACAACGUCGAGUGGUCUGUGUCAGCCACGGCGGUUUGGUUGGGCCUGCUGCCCACUUCUGGGGUGGUGGAGAAGCGGAGCUUCAGCCGCGCGGACUACGUCUUCCCGGGCGUAGGCGGCUUCGAAGCCAGCUACUUCUUGGGAGGCCAGUUUGCGGGGUUCAGCGAGGAGGCGACUGCCACAAUCAGCUCAGUCACGCCAGGCAUUGACGAUCAGCAAGUCAUCUUCUCCGCCUCUGUACUGCAACCACCUGCGCUCAGCUUGCUUGAUGUGCUGGUAGCUGAGACGGUCGAGGAGGUAAACGUCACUCCCAUGCUGGAGCCGGCGUUCGCGCUGGAUUAUGGUUUCAGUGACGAUGACAGCCUGAACCUGGCAGCGCCAGGAAAGCGGCCGCAGCCCAGCUACAACGUGUCGGUGCCUUUCGGGGUCCGCGCCAUCGCAGUGCGGCACGUGGCCUACGGCACUGCUGCCGCUGUGGCGGUGGAGGGCGUGAGCAGCAACGGCACCUCCCAGGCCAUCGCCCUUGACAUAGAGCCUGCUAUCAACGUGAUCUCCAUUACUGUGUCCUCCGCUUUGAGCUACGUGAGCGUCAUCUACCACUUAGAGGUGGUCCGUGAAUCGACAACAACAACGACCACGCUGCCUCCAAAUCUCAUUGUUGGUGAGGUGAGCAUAGACGUGUCGAAUUGCAGCUUCCUCUCCACAGAUGAAGCCGCGCAGGGGGACCUCGCGGGCGGCCUGGCGGCCGCGGCCGAGGUCCCGGCCGGCGCGGUGACGGUGGACGUGAGGUGCAGCCGGCGUUUAUCUGAAGAGCGGCAGCUGCAGUCGGGCGGAAAUGUGGUCUACGAGAUGCUGUUGCCAGGGGACUUGGAUCUGGUGGCGACUCUGCAGCGCCUCGAGGAGCAGAGCCCCAGCUCGCUGACGCAGCGCCUGCAGGAGUCCUUGGCUAACGGCACAUCAGGGCUGGUAAUUACUGUCACGGCCAUCUCUCCGUUGCAAGUCAACCCCACCACCACAACUUUGGAGCCCAACGCCACCACCACUGCCACCACCAUCACCACCACGAGCGAAAGCACAACAACCACUACCCGCACGAGCACAUCCUCCAGUAGUACCAGUAUGAGCAGCAGCAGCUCGACAGCCACCAGCACAAGUGCCACCAGCACCAGUGAAACAUCCACGACUGUCACGGGCACGGUAACCACCACCACCAUUACCAGCACGUCAAGCAGCAGCACGUCAAGCAGCAGCACAUCAAGCAGCAGCACGUCAAGAAGCAGCACAUCAAGCAGCAGCACGUCAAGCAGCAGCACGAGAAGUACCAGGACUACCUCCACGGCGACAGUGGAUCCGGCAUUCUCCACCACUGCCACGACAUCCACUCGAAGCACCUAUACCAGCACCAGUGCAAGCUCCACGACAACUGCCACCACAGCCACAAUGACCAGCAGUACUGCAACCACUUUUACGUUGACAACGACGAGCAUCACCGAAACCACUUCUACGUGGUCAACCACGACAAUCACUAGCAGCACUUCCACUCAAACGACGAGCAGCAGCACCAGCACCAGCAGCACCAGCAACAGCAGCACCAGCACCAGCAGCACCAGCACCAGCAGCACUAGCACCAGCAGCACUAGCACCAGCAGCACCACCAGCAGCAGCAGCAGUACCAGCGGCACCAGUACCAGCAGCAGCAGCACCAGCAGCAGCAGCACUAGCAGCACCAGCAGCACUGCCACCGUUACUAGCACCUCCACCACCAGCAGCUCUGCAACACUGACCAUCAGCAGCACCACUACUCAAUCCACAAGCAUCACUAUGACGAGGACAACAAACACUAUCACUACAACGAAUGGGCCUGGGACGGAGACUACAACAACAUCACAGACUCGAACAAGCUCAACAAUAACAACAAAGACCACCACAACAACAUCACAGACUACAACAAGCUCAUCAACAACAACAAAGACAACAACAACAAAGACCGCCACGUCUACGACAUCAACAAGCACAACAACAAGAACAAAGACCACCACGUCUACGACAUCAUCAAGCACCACAACUACCACAACCUUGACUGUGAGCCAGACUCAAACCAGCACGAGCAGUACCACGUCCAGCAGCAGCACAAGCACCAGAAGCACGCAGACAAGCACCAGCGGCACAAGUACCCUGCAAAGCACUUCCAGUAGCCGCACUUUCACGUCAAGUAGCACACUCACAAGUAGUGGCACUUCUGUCACCGGAACCACCACAAGCCUCACUGGCACUACAAGCAGCAGCACAAUCACAUCCACCACCACACUUUUGGACUAUGUAUUCUCAGGCUCGUUGUCUCUGGAGACUAGCAACUGCACUGCCUUGGAAACGCCGGAGGGCCAGCAGGGCUUGGAGAAGGGCAUUGCAGAGGUCGCAGUGGUGGACCCCAGCUAUGUGGAUGUCACAGACGUGGCCUGCAGCCGACGUCUCGCUCUGGAUGAUUCGCGGAGGCUGUCAGAAGUAGUGGUGGUGGGGUACAUCAUUGAUUUGCCGCCAACCACGACGGAUGCAGCCAUAGUUUUGGGAAUCGCUGCGCAGAGCAACCUGCAGUCCGAGAGUCUGCAGUCGCUGGGACAGACGCUGGAGCUGGCGCUGGUGUCCGCUGGGGUCCCGUUGUCUUUGAACGUCACGCAGCUGGGCGACUUUGCCCUUGCGGAGAAGACCACCACCACCAGCACCACCACCACCACCCUAUACUGCCCUGGUGAGCCGGUGUGCGGUGGGAUCCAAGGCGACUGUGUGGUGGCACCCCCAGGAGACCCGCGGCAUUGGGUGUGCCAAUGCCAGGAGACCUACGAUGGCGAGAACUGCUCUGAGCGGAUCUGCCCGAGCUGCCAGAACAACGGCACCUGCGACGAGGGCCUUUGGGGCUGCAACUGCACGGCGGAGUUCCAGGGCGAGCGCUGCGAGCUGCUCCGCUGCCCCAAGGACUGCAGCGAGGCCGGGGACUGCGAUACCUACACGGGCAGGUGCGAGUGCUACAGCGGCUACGCAGGUGAGGACUGUUCAGAGGAGCCCACUCAGCUGGUUCCCAUCACAAACUGCAUCGAGAUCAUGCUGACCUGGGGCCUCAAGGGCUACGAGGUGGACAACACAUCUGCAGCAGUCUUUGAGCAGGCGUUUGACCUUUUUGCACCGGAGGCUCAGGCAUGGUUGCUGGAGACCUGUGCAGAAGCGCGUGUGCGAGAGGACCUCAUGGUUCGAGAACAGCUGGUUUGCUGGAUCGAAGGCUGGGAGCGGUACCUCCGCUCGGUGGAUGGUGAGUUUCCAGUGGAGAACCCUGAUCUGGCCUCCCAGGGUCUCCAGGCGUUCAUGCACCUGGAGGCAGCAGCACCUUUCCUUGGGGAUGUGGCCACCGACCAGCCAGACUAUGAUGGGCGACCGUAUUUUGCCCGUGUGAGGCUCAAAAUUAAUGUGGCCAUGAAUGAUGCGACGUCCUACAGGACAGAGGUGCAAGAACGAUGGGCUGACUGGGUGGAAGCCCGAAACGCCAGAGCACCUGCAAGCGCCGGUGCGAUGCUGAUGGUAUCCGUCACUUUUACGCAGAUGGAGUUGGAGAGUCAGGUGUUGGCGAGCACCUUCAUGGCCUUCGGCGGGUCCAUCACCGUGUCCAUGGUGGCGGUGGCCAUCUUUACGCAGAACCUCAUCCUGGCGCUCUACGUUUGCCUCAAUGUGAUUCUGGUGGUCUGCGUCUUAUCGGGCUUCCUCCUGAAUAUUAUGGACUAUGAGUUUGGAGUGGCGGAGGCUAUUGGCGCCACCAUCUUUGUGGGCCUUAGCCUGGACUACUGCCUCCACUUGGCCCACGCCUACAACGAGGCGCCGAUGUCGGAGUCCCUGGAGAAGAUGCGCCACGCGCUGGUGGUCAUAGGACCUUCGAUCAUGGGCGGCGCCAUCACCACGAUUUCCGGCACGGCCUUUCUGCUGCCAUGCCGCAUCCUUCUCUUCCAAAAGCUAGGCUGGACCCUUUUCGCCAAUGCCAUCGUCUCCAUGGUAUACACUUUCAUGUUCCUGAGCCCGGUGCUCAUCAUUUGCGGGCCCACAGGAUCGAUGGGCACAAUUUUCUGCCUGCCGUGCUUCAGGCGCUGUACUCCUCAUGACCAUGUGGCAAGAUAUGGCGAGAGUCGGGUUCAAGACGCCGACGUGGCGACAUCCAGCAGCACCUUGCCCGAUCCGACGGCGCUGCCUGCGAUCGAGGAGGAGCCCGAGAAUGCGCUGCGGGUGCAGGCAAACGAGUCGCAGGAUGUCAUUGAUGUGGACGAAGUGGCCAAGAUUGAAGUUACAUCUUUUGAUGGAUGA